ACUUCAAAUCCAGUUUAGUUUAUAGUCUGAUUUUCUUCUCCCAAAGAUUAUCCCCAUAUACUUUGUUUAUAGGAGUCAAUCUUUACUCUCACUCUGAUGUGAGCCAUGAUUGGCGAUUGGGUAAAGUUUCCUUGCUACAAGGUAUUAUGAGUUAUUGGAUUUAUCUCGAGUGAUUUCUCGGAGGCUUAGUUGAAUCGGCAUCUUGAAGAUGGUCCGAUAAAAGUCUUUCCCUGGAUCAAAUUUCGAGUCUUUCCCAGAGCUUAUAAAUCGGCGAUGCAGAAGUCAGGCUAUAAACAAUGGUUUGGGCGGAGGAUUGGAGAAAGAUGGGAUCGGGAAGUGAUGGAAAAGACAAAGAUGCAUCCAUCUUCGCGGAGGAGCCCAGGCGGCGGAAAGCUUACGGUCAUCGGAGAAUACACCUUUGUGCAUGAGGGACACGUGUUAAAACACGCGUUGUAACAUGCCCUAAAGGAUGGACGCGUAGUUAUGAUGAUAAUGAUGGCCGAAAACUUUGCUGAAUUGGAUAUGGGCCUUUUAAUUUAACUUGUAAAUGGUAUCUUUGUUUGGGCUUUAAUGUAAACCUGAUUCAUGUAUCUUUAGCCUGAGGGCUUAUGAAAUGAAAUCAGAGUUGACAAAAAAAAAAAAAAAAAAAAAAAAAAAGGCAUGUGCUCCACUGGACAACAAUCCAUUUUAGCAAUAAUUGAGUAAAAUAUCUUAGACAAUUCUCUGUGCAAAGUUCAUUGUUUAACAUAUCUCAGUUUUUAAAUAGUCGACAUAAGUGAGAAAAACAAUCGACGUUACAACAGCUAAAUCGAAAUUAAAAACAAAGAAAUAAAAUGAAAUCUCAAAGGUUAGAUUCACACACUCAACUAUGCAUAAACAUAAAGCCAGUUCUCAAACAAAAAAAAAAACUAUGCAUAAACAUACUUAUAUUAAAACCAGAAAUCAAUUUUCUUUUUGACUAUCAUCUUUUUUCCCUUCUCGUUUUUUUUCUCUUUUCUCCUGAAGCCCUCUACUACUUCUACGAGUUUAUCCAAGAUGAAUAUUUCUUAGUUGCUAAUCCAAUUAAUAGAUCCGUCACACAAAUAAAAAAUAUGAUAUCCCAACGAUAAUAAGAGAAAAACUUGUGGACUAUCAACUGCUUAUAUUCCUCUUUACUAUUAACGUUCAGGUUUUGAAUGUUGUUUUAGCAUAUCAUGUAUAUAGUUUGAUUAUGUUUUAGUGAUUGCUUAACUCGUUUUUUUUGUGUCCCAUCCAAUUGCAUCUAUUCUAAUAGUAAGAACAAACUACUAUUUUUAAUUUUGUUUUCGAAAUAAUAUAUAAUAAAUUUGAACACAUCCAGAUAACGACGGUAUAAGUUAAACUUACUGUAAAUUUGUUGACGUUUAUGAAUAAAGAAAAUGGUCUAUUUAACAAAUAUGAGGUUAUAAUGUACAAAUGAAAUGAUUGAGUAUUUCGCUAACUAUAGUGCAAAAUUUGUAUUGGAGAACUCAACUUUUCCCUUCAGUUUUGUAUAUGACUUUCAUUAGUUUAAACCCGGGUUUAAACCAUUUAAAAUGGUUCCAUCUCGUGGAUUAGUACGACACAUUAACUUAAGAAAUUUUCUCACAGUCUGAAUAACGUUUGAGAGAAUACAAAAAUCACAUACUAGUGAAUAUGGGAAAUUGUUUUGUAUUAUCAUGUUUGUAAGUUUUUUGCGGAUGAUAAAAAAUUACAUCGAGCAUAUUAUUGUAAAUGUUUCAUCUUCAGUUGUAACCAAACUCAUAGCUACCAAUAUCAUAUAGAGUCAUGCGUAAACGUCUAGAAAUUAAAGUGUCCAUUUUUAUUUAAGUUUUAUUUGGCAGAUUUUUAAGAAUUAUACGCAUGUUGAUAUUGACCAGCAUAUAUUUUAGAUCUCUUCAAAUUUAGUCAGAUACCUGAUAUAUAUAUAGACUUAUUAGAUCUAUGUCUAGCUGCGAUCUCUUUACUUUUUAACUAGAUUUGAACCCGCACGUGCGUAUAUAUUUUUGUUUUUAAAAUAACAUUUAAAAUAUAAAAAUAUAUAUUUAAUAUAAUUUUUUAUGUAUAUAAUACUAUUUUGAAAAUUUUAUAUUUGUUACAAAAUGAAAUUGUACAUAUCAUAAAAUAAUAUAGUAUUUUUUUAAAUACAAAAUUAUAUUAAUAGUUUUAAUUUUAAACACUAGUUUUAUAUGAAUUUUAUAUAUUUUAUUAAAAAUAUUUGUCUAGAAAUUUUUAUUUACAAAAUUUUUGUAUGUGACUAAAUCAAAUGACUUAUUAUAUAAAAAUAUUAUUUAUUUAAUAUAUUAUUUUCUGUUUGGUGUUUUUUUACUACAAAAAUAAAAAAAAAAUUGUUUCAACCAAUAAAAUAUUAUUUAUUUUGUUGUAUAUAAGAAGUUAAUAUGAUAAUUUUAAAAUUUUCACUUCACAAUUAAUUGCCUAAUAUAAAAUAUAAUAAUGAUAAUUUUAAAAUUUCCGUUUCAUUUUUUAUUUUCGUUUCAUAAACAAUAAAAUGAUAAUUGCCUAAUGUGAAAUAUAUUUGUUUUUUUAACAGGAAUGUUAAUGUUUAUAUGGAUUUUUUUUGUUAAGAAAAUAUCAUAUAUAAAUAAAUUUAAAAUGUUUAGUUAAAUUUUUAAUAAAUGGUCUUACAUAAAUCUUUGUAUGGUAGAUUAAAAAUAAGAUCCUAAAUUAAUAGAUUAGAUACUGUCCACAAAAUUAUUAACAAACACUUCAAAUUAAGAUUGCAUGAAUCAAUUCGAAAGAAUCAAUUCGUUCAUCUCAACCUCUAUGUGUUCAUGCUCAUUAUGUUCAUUACGCUCAAAAUACCAACAUACACAUAUCAUUAUGUUUUUCGUCUCUCCCUUAAUUUGUGUACCCAUUGAUGUAUAUGCUCUAUGUUAUUGUGCAUGUGUUUAUUUUUUUUUUGUCAUAUUUAUUCAUUUCAACGAUCUCUUUUAUGUGUAAGAGAAAGUAAACAAAAUAUAGAAUAUACAACAUCUUUCACCCAAAAAUCAUAUUCAAUAUAUAAUAUAAAAUUCAGAUAUCUAAAAUAUAUGCCUUAACAACAUAAAUCUUGAAAUGGUGAAUUCAAAAAUACUAUAAUACCAGAAUGAUAAAACUAAAUUACUUCAAUAUCUGACUAAAAUAUGUAAAGAUAUCUAUAUGACGUUUCUUUAGUUAUCUAUUACAUAAAUAGUUAUCUCAGUAGUUAAUUUAAUGUACAUUUUGUAAAUUAUUUAAUACCCAAAAUUAACUAAAAUACUAUUGUUUAAACUUGUCAAGUUUGUGAACUAAAGUAUGUACUUUUGAAACACAAAAAAGUAUAGGGGUAACUGAAACUCAAUGUAGAACCGAACCCGAAGUUAAAACAUGUUUAACUAGGUUUGCGAUGUGCAAAUAUCCAAACCGAAUCCAAAAAAAUCCACACCAAACUUUAAUAAUAUCCAAAUGAGGUCAAUUUCAUACCCCUAAAGAACUAAAAUACGAUUGGACACCUGAAAGUUCAUAUAUGUCUCAAACUAUAGAAGAUUAUAGCAUAUCCUCUAUAGUGACAAUAAUAUAUUAUUAUUGAGAAUACUGGAGAAAAACCUUACAAGAGAUUAUUAUCAAGGCGUUAGAAAUACCGUCAGAAAUAAAGCUUAUAAGACGGUGGCUUUAGCGUGAUCCAGUCAGACGUGAAUCAUCAUAAGACAUGUAAAUUUUCAGAUGUAAUGUUUUAAUAAUUUGUAAUAGCAUAAUUAAGUAGUAUAAAAAAACAAUGAUAUAUCAUUAUUUACUACAAUCUUAAUUAUGAUGACUAAUUAUAAUAGCAGUUAAAUGGUUCAAACUUAAAAAUAUUAAAUUAUUUCUUUCUAAUAAUUUGCAGUAAAUAUAAUAUAUAUACUAUUUAGGCUCCAACAAAUCUAAUGUAUAUAGGCAUAUUACCUUUUUUUUAUAGAUAACAGUAAGGUUUUGUCUCAAAGUAAUCAGUAAAUUAAGUAGCAAAAACUUCAUUAAAAUGGUUAAUAAACAAUAUACAUAUUCAUAACUCAUAAGUAUUAAAUUUUUAUUGCUAACAAUUAAAUAAAACCAAAAGUUUUUAUUAUAUAAAGAACCUAACCUACUUUACCCGAGUUCAGGACUGGAAGGCGAGAAAACCUAGGACUCUUGUCUCUCUCUAGAAAUCUGUGUUUUUUUUCGUUCAAGUCUCUGUCUCUCUAGUGUCCAUUGUUUCGCUUGAAUUGCGCAUACGAUCAUCGUUGAUCAUAAAAGAGAAGCCGCAUGAAUUUGUUUGGGAGGCUAAUUUGUUCAUCUUCAGUUUCGAGCCACUUCACGACUUGUCUUCUCAUCUUCAUCCUUCAUUUUUCUCCCCAGCGUAGUAAUAAUAAUAAUAGUAAUCGUAAUUCUAAUAAUCUUGAGCUUAAUCUUUUGAUCAAAAAUUGAAAAAAAUCAUGGAGUCGAGGAAAAACUCUGAUCAUCGUCAAAUGCGUAGAGGUGGUGAGAGCAUGAAGACAAGGUCACCGUCUGUGAUAGUUGUCGGAAGUGGUUUUGCUGGAAUCUCAGCUGCUCGCACUCUUCAAGAUGCUUCCUUUCAGGUUACGGUGCUGGAGUCACGUGAUAGGAUUGGCGGACGAGUUCACACGGAUUACUCAUUUGGUUUUCCUGUUGAUCUUGGUGCAUCAUGGCUGCAUGGAGUUUGCAAAGAGAAUCCUCUUGCACCAGUAAUCGGGAGACUAGGACUGCCCUUGUAUCGUACCAGCGGUGACAACUCGGUCUUGUAUGAUCAUGAUCUUGAGAGCUAUGCUCUGUUUGAUAUGGAUGGCAAUCAAGUUCCUCAAGAGCUAGUAAGAGAGGUUGGGGUAACAUUUAAGCAGAUUUUGGAAGAGGUCAAGAAAGUGAGGGAUGAACAGGAUGCAGACAUGUCAAUAUCUCAGGCUUUCUCAAUUGUGUUUUCAAAGAAACCCGAGUUGAAGUUAGAGGGGCUUGCACACAAUGUGCUUCAAUGGUACUUAUGCCGCAUGGAAGGAUGGUUUGCUGCCGAUGCUGAUACCAUCUCUGUACAGUGUUGGGACCAGGAGGAACUUCUUCCUGGUGGGCACGGUCUUAUGGUUAGAGGGUAUCGUCCUGUCAUCAAUACCUUGGCCAAAGGGCUUGAUAUUCGACUAAACCAUAGGGUUACUAAGACCGUAAGGCAGUAUAAUGGAGUGAUAGUAACUACAGAAGACGGUAAAACAUUUGUUGCGGAUGCUGCAGUGAUCGCUGUUCCUCUCGGUGUCUUAAAAUCCGGAACAAUAACAUUCGAACCGAAGCUACCAGAUUGGAAACAAGAAGCAAUCAACCAACUCGGAGUAGGUAUCAUGAACAAGAUCAUACUUCGUUUCGAGAAAGUCUUUUGGCCACAAGUAGAGUUACUAGGAGUGGCUGCUGAAACCUCCUACGGUUGCAGCUACUUCUUGAACCUGCACAAGGCCACAGGUCAUCCGGUUCUGGUUUACAUGUCGGCUGGUCAGCUCGCCAGAGACAUUGAGAAAAUGUCAGAUGAAGCAGCUGCGAGUUUCGCCCUCAUGCAACUCCAAAGAAUCUUUCACAAUGCCAUGGCUCCGGUGCAGUAUCUUGUCUCGAGGUGGGGAUCUGAUGUGAACUCAUUGGGAUCUUAUAGCUAUGAUGUUGUGGGAAAACCUCAUGAUCUCAGCGAGAGGCUUAGGGUUCCAGUGGAUAACUUGUUCUUUGCUGGUGAAGCUACAAGCUCGAGUUUCGCUGGGUCAGUUCAUGGUGCUUAUUCGAGUGGACUGAUGGCUGCUGAGGAAUGCAUGAUCCGUGUGUUGGAUCUGUUUCAGCUUGUGAUGGGUGAAGAAGGACCUGCCUCUGUUCCCCUUCUUAUAUCUCGUCUCUAAACUCCACCAUUGUCAUUGCUAUCUAUUUCUAUUGAUUACUAGAAAAACAUGAAGUGAUUGUAUGGAAAACAAUAAUUAUUCCAGUGUUGAAUCGUAUUUAAUAUUUUUCCAGUGUUUUACUCAAUCAAUAGUUUGAUCAUUA